AUGAUGACGAAAUCGAUUCACCUCCGUCAAGCCGGGCGCAUUAAGGCCACAGCUGCAGAUGCUGCAUCUUAUCUUCUUGAGAACUUUGCCGACAAAUCUGUUGUCCGCCGUCAACUCAUUGACGCCAACCAAUUACAAAAGCUCGCCCUGACACUUGGUCGCCCCAACCUCAACGGAACAGACGUCUCUGAGAAUGCGCCAGUAGCUGGAACUCCUGUACCUCCGGGGUAUCAUCUAGCGUAUUUCACGCCAAAUGGCACCGAGGGGGAUCUGGGUGCGGACGGGACGGACAGGACUUUUAAUGCGUCUGCCCCAUUCACGAGGAGAAUGUGGGCCGGUGGAAAGAUGCAGUGGGCAGAGCCGUCAAGUGGUGCUUUCCUCCGAGUUGGAGAUGAGGUUGAAGAGCGGACGAGGUUAUUGAGUGCUGUUCCUAAGAAGAGUCGCUCAGCGGGAGAAAUGGUUCUGGUUGAGGUUGAGAAGGAGUUCUGGGGACCAAAAGGCUUGGCGUUGACUGAUCGCCGAUCAUGGGUCUUUCGACCUGAGAUCGACCUCAAUGCCGUCAAAGAGCCGCCAAAACGGCUUGAGAACGUCGGUCGUGGUCCGUCCUCUGUGAAGGAUCUGGCAACCAAGAGCGAGGAUCACCCCGGCCUGGUGGUUCAUGGACCUCUGAACCUAAUCAACCUCCUGAACUAUUGGCGCGACAUCCAUGGAAAUGGAGAGGGUCCUAAAGAUAUCAAGUAUCGGGCCAUGUCGCCUUUGUAUGCAGGUGAGACGUACAACAUCCGGACGGAUGGUGUGCAAGAUGCCGAGGGUGGCAAGGUUUGGGAUGUGCUGGUGGAAAAGAAUGGGACUGUUUGCAUGAAGAGCGAGAUAUCAGCUUAA